CUUAUUUAGUUGUUACGCGUGCAUCUUUCAGCAAAGGAGUGCAUCGGUCGCUGUCGCUUCUGUGGCAAUUUGGGACCAUAUUUUCCGUGUCUUUUGUUAUUUGCAGAUCAUUAAACUAAAUUUAACAAGUCGGAUAGACAGCAGAGGUGUUUGAACAGUAGCACAAUGGACGACGAGCCAGAGAGAGCUAAACGAUGGGAAGGGGGUUACGAACGAACCUGGGAGGUUCUCAAAGAGGACGAGUCAGGAUCUCUGAAGGCUACUGUAGAAGACAUCCUCUUCCAGACCAAAAGGAAAAGAGUCAUCGAAAGCCAUGGGCAAGUCCGGCUUGGGAUGAUGCGUCACAUGUUUGUUGUGGUGGACACCUCACGAACCAUGGAUGACCACGACUUAAAACCGAACCGCCUCACCUCCACUCUCAAGCUCCUGGAGUUUUUUGUGGACGAGUACUUUGACCAGAACCCAAUUAGUCAGAUAGGCUUCAUAACCACUAAAAACAAGAGGGCCGAUAAACUGACAGAACUCGCAGGCAAUCCCAAGAAGCAUAUCAAUGCCCUGAAGAAAACGAAGGACACGACGUGUCUGGGAGAGCCCUCUCUCUACAACGCCAUGAACCUUGCCAUGCAGACUCUCAAGCACAUGCCAGGGCACACUAGCAGAGAGGUGCUGAUCAUAAUGAGCAGCUUAACGACAUGUGACCCUGCCAACAUCUAUGAACUCAUAAAGACUCUGAAGGAGCUGAAGAUCCGUGUGUCAGUGAUAGGUCUGUCUGCAGAGGUGCGCGUCUGCACCUUCAUCACCAGGGAGACUGGAGGCACCUAUAACGUGAUCCUGGAUGAGAGCCACUUCCGGGAGCUGUUGAUGUCGCACGUCAAGCCUCCCCCUGCCAGCUGUUCAUCAGAGUGCUCCCUCAUACGCAUGGGUUUCCCACAGCACAUCAUCUCCUCCAUGACAGAUCAAGAUGCCAAGCCAUCCUUCAGCAUGGCGCAUCUGGAGACUACAGAGGGAGGGGCUGAGCUGAGUCUUGGAGGAUACUACUGCCCUCAGUGCAGAGCCAAGUACACUGAACUACCUGUGGAGUGCAAAGUCUGUGGUCUGACGUUGGUAUCUGCUCCUCACCUGGCCAGGUCCUUCCACCACCUCUUCCCCCUCGAUGCCUUCCAGGAGAACCCCCGAGAGGAGCACACAGGAGACAGGUUCUGCCAAGCCUGUCAAGGGGAACUUAAAGAUCAAAGCGUGUUCACUUGCCCUGUGUGUCGGAGUGCUUUCUGUGUGGAGUGUGACCUGUUUAUCCACGACACCCUGCACUGCUGUCCCGCCUGCAUACACAACCAGGGAGCGUCCUGAUGGCUGCUCAUCUCAGUGAAGAGUGUGAUCGAGUGAGCGCUCAGUAUGGGUGCUACAGGACUGGCCAUUUGAAUGAGAGAGAAGUCAAACACCCGGGCGUCAAAGCCUGACAAGAACAGAUGCACGAGUCACCGUGGAAACGUCAAAUACGUGGCUCUGGGGAAUGAGAAAGUUAUGUACUUCUGUGAGCAGGACACUGGCCUCCCUCUACUUAUGUGUCUGCUCUUAUAUGUGGUGCCAAUUUGUUCUCAAUAAGAAGAA